AUGAUUCCGUAUCAGAACGGCGAUAUCGAAGUUCGCAUCCAGCACGCUCGCUUUCUCGUCUCUGCCUCGGUCAUGUCUCAUCUCUCACCAGAGUUCUACAGGCUCUUCACCACCAAACACGGCUUGCUGCGUGAGAGCAUCGAGCUGCCAGACGAAGACCCUGUGGCGUUCCACCUGGUCUGCCAGUCGGCCCAUGGCUCCUUCAUACCGCAAGCUCACAUAUCGCUGGAAACGCUCGUCAACAUGGCCGAGGCCAUCCGACGAUACAAGAUCCCCGCCACAUCUCGCGUGCACAACACCGUGGCCUUCAGUUUCAUCGUACAGACACUACGGCCAGAGACGCUUUCCACCGUCAAGCUUGUCAUGCUUUUUCGUGUCGCGAAGGUGCUAGGCUCCGCCAAAUACGAGCAGCUGAUCCGAGACGUGUUUCUCCUCCAUCCGCUGCAGUUGGAGGCGUUGCCCACCGAGCAGACCGCGGGUGGUCGGGAUGCAGAAUGUGUUUUGCUCUUAGCAAAUCUCAUGCUACGGGGGGCCGCGUGUCGCGCAGAAGUGGCAAGCACACUGCUGAGUCCGCCAGGUAGCGAUGGAACUCUCCAUCUGCAGGAGAAGAGCGAUAUAGCCGUGUGGAUCUUGAGAGACAGCCCCAGCCUACAAGAGAUAGAGGCUCGCCUUCAAAGUAUGAGAAGCGCUGUAGAUCUUCAGAGAGAGCUGCUGCUGGAUGCUAGUGGAGCGAUCAAGGAAGCGACGGCAGACAUCCACCGUUAUGUCCGCACUACCAGGGAAGAUACUCGGGAGAGGGUGGAUGACGGCGCAGACGACGUCGUGAAGCUAGACGUGUGCCACGGGGUAAAGCAUCUAGAGAUCCAGGUUGUAGAGGACGGGCAAAUGUCGGAGAACUCGGUAGAUGUUGAUGAUCUGGACUUGGAGCGUGUCUCUUCGAGUAGCACAGCGUUCGAGGAUAUCGAAGCCUACAGCGAACCGGUAGAGAACAUGUUGGGUGACUAUCUGGACAUCGAGGACGACGUUUCCGUGGCUUCUGCCAAGACCGUGUAG